CAAAUUAACGUGUCAAAAACAUAAAUUAUAGAAGACUGCAAUAACCCUCAGUGUUUGAGCAGGCUAACUGCAAAAUUGCUGUCAAUUAAUGUAAACUUUUGUUGUAAAAUAAACCGCGCUUUUUUCUAUAAACGCAAACGGUAAUUUAUAAAAAUGUGGAUACAGUCCUUUUGACAGAGUACUGAUUGUGAGAGACAUGAAAAAUUCACAUACGUUUCCAUUGAUAAAUCAUCAAGCAAUUCACAGCAUUGUAAACCGUCAGGAAAAUUAUGCUGCACUACUACCAGAGAAGAAUACAGAGUCAUUGACCUUUGAGGAAAGGCUUUCAUCAAUGAAUUAUUUUCCAGAACUACCUGUGGGAGGAAAAUGCACAAGACACAGAGCGUUCAAGAUUGAUCUCAGUUUGGUUGGUUCAACCAUGAACCAUGUUGCACAUAAAUAUUGCAAUGGCAUUCAGGCAGCUAGUGAUAAUAAAAAAGUGCUAUUGCAAGAUACCAGGAAACAAAAAUUAUCUGAACUGCAUUUGAAUGAAGAAUGUAUAGAGUCUAGACAGAGGGAAAUGACUGAGAGUGUGUUCAAUGCUAAGUAUUUUUCUAUGGAUGGAAAUUUCUUAUCCUUGGAAAGUGAAAUCCUGGAGGAAGAUGAGCUUAGUUAUGUGAGCCAUGUUGUUGAGAAAACAAUCCAUGAUAUGACCUUGGAAUCAGAGAUAGAGUGUGAGCUGCCAGAAAUCAAUAAAGGAAUGCUGUCACAGGAAUCAGUGCUGUUUGACAUGUGUUCUCGAGAAUUAUGCUUAGAAAAGGAUUCUCAACUGGAUAGCACUAAACUAAAUUGUCAAGUUACAUCAUCUGUUGACAGCCAUAAUGUUCAGCUCAAUUAUGCGGAUGUGCACAUGGUGUUAUCUGGAAGCCAUUCAAUUACAAAGGAGACUAAAAGAAAAGAUGAUGCAGACAUCUCCUUCUCAUAUGAGUUUGAAGCUAAAGACAUGCCGAUUAUGUCUAAGGAUCUUGAAAAUUUCUCUGAGAAACUAAAUAGAACUUCAACCUGUUCUCUAGACCAGAAAGAAGAAAUUAAUGUGCCCCAGAAGGAUGUUGUGAGAGCAAUACCAGGGAUUCAUACACCUGAUCGUGAUAAAAAAUUUCUAGCAAAUAUGGAUAGAAAAAUAGAGCAGUCACAAGAGAAAAAGACAAAAUGUCACAAAUUGUCAUCAUCUCCAAUUCUGCAAUCCAAUAUCUCUCCAGCACUUAAGGUUUUAAGAAAGCAAAGAAGUGAAUCUCGUAUCAUUGCAUAUGAUGCUUACAAUCCAUGCAAUGCAUCCAUUCAACAAGGGACACUGCAAACUUGCAGCCCAUUGGCGUCCAAGUCUCAAAAAACAAUUGAUUCACAGAUUGACUUUAAAGAAGUGGAAAAUAUUAGCGAAAGAGGAUUCAGCAUUGGUAAUACUUCUAGGUCACUCACACACCUGAAGAUAAAAUGCAAGAAAAUAUCAAAAGGAAGAAACAAAUUGAACUUAACUGUGGCCAAUCAUCAGACCCUUGAGAAGAAUGAGAUCUCAACAUGCAUAGUCCCAAAAGUGCAAAAAAAGGAACUGUUGAAUUGCAAAGAUUGGCAGUGCUUACAAGAGGCUGGUUCAUCAUGGAAAAGUGGUGUAAGACGUAGUUUGAGGAUUAGGUUAAGGCCUCUGAACUUAACUGUGGCCAAUCAUCAUACCCUUGAGAAGAAUGAAAUCUCAACAUGCAUAGUCCCAAAAGUGCGAAAAAAGGAACUGUUGAAUCACAAAGAUUGGCAGUGCUUACAAGAGGCUGGUUCAUCAUGUAAAAGUGGUGUUAGACGUAGUUCGAGUGUUAGGUCAAGGCCUCUGAACUUAACUGUGGCCAAUCAUCAGACCCUUGAGAAGAAUGAAAUCUCAACAUGCAUAGUCCCAAAAGUGCGAAAAAAGGAACCGUUGAAUUGCAAAGAUUGGCAUUGUGUACAAGAGGCUGGUUCCUCGUGGAAAAGUGGUGUUAGACGUAGUUCGAGGGUUAGGUCAAGGGCUCUGAACUUAACUGUGGCCAAUCAUCAGACCCUUGAGAAGAAUGAAAUCUCAACAUGCAUAGUCCCAAAAGUGCGAAAAAAGGAACUGUUGAAUUGCAAAGAUUGGCAGUGCUUACAAGGGGCUGGUUCAUCGUGGAAAAGUGGUGUAAGACGUAGUUCGAGGGUUAGGUCAAGGCCUCUAGAGUUUUGGAGAGGAGAGAGGUUCUUAUAUGGGCGUGUGCUCAAUUGUUUAUCAACUGUUAUUGGAAUCAAAUACACAUCUCCAGAAUCCAUAACGACAGGCAAGGACAAAACCACAAAAUUCAAAGUUGAGUCAUAUGUAGAUGAUAAAUAUUCUGAUGCUGUCAACUUUGCAGCUCUGUAUUAAUCAUUUUAUCAUAAAUUUUCAUCACUUAAUUCAUUUUGCUUUGUAUUCUACAAAAGGGUGUUACUUCAAAGAAACAUGAUCAAAAUUGAUCUAUCUCGUUCCAUUUUUUAAUUUCUGUUAUUUAAUUGGAUAAACUAGUGACUUGCACUGAAAAUUUGAUUCGCAGCUGGGUUUGCCUCUGUUUAAGGCAUCUGUUUGUAUCCCCUUUUAAUAGUAGCGUUGCCACAAAAUGUUUCAAAGAUUAACAGCAAGAAGUUAUGAUAAUUUCUUUUAUCUCCUUUUCUUAAAUAAGAAAAUUAAGGUAAAGGUAGCAGCAGUUGUUUAGGUCA